AUGAAGCCUGCCAUUUUCGGCCCAAGUUGCCAAGUUCCAACGGACGAGAAGCUUUACCAGCCGCCCCUCCUCGGCCACAACUCCAUGAACGUCUCCUGUCACCAAGAGAAGGCCAGACGAAAGAUGGCGGAGAAGGAGGAGGAGAAGGAGGAGAAGGAGGACGUCGAUGAUGAAACUGCAUUGAAGGAUCAGCAAGCGCAGACGGGAAAGAACGGAAAGGUUCAGGAGAUCAACAGAAAGUCGGAGAAGGCAAUCGCCGAUUCUGAGAGUAUCGGCAGCAGGCUAGAGGAAGGAAAGAGGGGCACGGAGAAGAGUAUAUGCAAGGGACGAAAGGAGACUGCCAAGGGAAAGGAACAAUCCUGA